AUGUUCAUCGGCGGCCUCAACUGGGACACGACGGAUGAAUCGUUGAGGAAGUACUUCACACAAUUUGGCAAGGUCGAAGCCUGCACUAUCAUGCGGGACGCCGCGGGCCGUUCGCGGUGCUUCGCGUUCCUGACCUUCGAGGACCCCGCGUCUGUCAAUGCGGUCAUGGUCCGCGAGCACUUCCUCGAUGGCAAGAUUAUCGACCCGAAGCGCGCCAUCCCGAGGCAAGAGCAUCAGCGUGCGACGAAGCUCUUUAUCGGCGGCCUGCCCGGCAGCGUCACGUCGGAGUCUAUGCGGGAGUACUUCUCCCAGUUUGGCAAGGUCGUUGAUGCGACCGUCAUGCUCGACCGCGAGACGGGGCGGAGCAAAGGCUUCGGCUUCGUGUCCUUUGAGAACGUUGACGUACAGCCCAUGCUUGGUUUCGGCAACCUGCAAAUCGACGGCAAGCUUCUCGCGCAACCCCGCUCCCAGCGCGAAGGCGGCUUCGCCGAGGGCGGUGGAAACGUCGGCGCAGGCGCGGGCGCAGGCGGAGGAGGCCGCACCGGUGGUUACGGAAACAAUGGGUCAGCCUACGGUACACAAAACUUCGCUGGGGGCGCCGCCGCAGGCCCCGCGGCUGGCGGGAACGCGCCCUUCGACCCCCAGGCCCUCGCCCAGCUCUACACACGGAUGAUCUCGCAGAUCGGCGGCAUGAACCCCAUGAUGGGCGCGAUGAACCCCGCGAUGAUGGGCGGGCAGUACGGCGCGCCGGGCAUGGGCGGUGGUGCGGGCGGGAUGGGGAUGCGGGGAAUGGGUGGUGGUGGUGGCGGAAUGGGCGGCGGGCGCGGUGGUGCGGGGAUGGGCGGCCCUGGGAUGGGCGUGCCGACUGGCCCUGCAUCGUUGGGUCCGAAUGUGCCCCGCGGACCGCGCAAUGCGCCGACGGGACCCAGUGGUGGCGUCGGCCCCCAGCGAGGACAGAGGGGUCAACACAGCUAUCACCCGUAUGCUCGGUGA